CAAUUCUCUUCUUCAUCACUAUCGCAGCAAACUUUUCAUCUUCAAGAUAUUCAAUAUCAAUUCAAACAAAAUGGCUAUUCUUCUUGAUGAUGAAGCCCCUAUUCAUGGAGAUGUAUUAGAGACUAUUCUUUCGCACGUGCCACUUAUCUACUUAGUUCCCGCUUCGUACGUGUCAAAAUCAUGGAGCCGAGCUAUUACCACUUCUCUCCAAUGCUUCAACAAGGCGAAGCCGUGGCUCAUUAUCCACACCCAAUGCACGCGCUCACCUUAUGACAUAUCUGUACGCGCUUACGACCCGCGUUCACACGUGUGGAUCGAGAUAUCUCAGCCGUCCAUUAAAUAUGUCUCCGCCCUCCGAUCAUCCCAUUCAAAUUUACUCUACAUGCUUUCGCCUUCAAAGCUCUCUUUCUCAUUCGACCCGAUGAACAUCACGUGGCAUCACGUGGAUGCCCCGCGCGUGUGGCGGACCGAUCCAAUUGUGUCUCACGUGGGUGGCUCAAUCAUUAUAGCUGGUGGCACAUGCGAUUUCGAGGACGAUCCUUUAGCAGUGGAAGUCUACAACACGGAGACUCGCACGUGGGAAAUGUGUGAGUCAAUGCCCGCGAUACUCAAAGACUCUGCAGCCUCCACGUGGCUAUCAAUCGCCACAACCCGCGACAAACUCAUCGUCACGGAGAAAUUCACGGGCGUUACUUACUGUUUCGACCCGAAACUUAAGAAGUGGGCCGGGCCUUACGAGUUGAGGCCCGACCCGCGUAUUUUUCACUCGGUUAUUGGGUUCUCCAAUAACCGUUUGAUCCUAAUUGGCAUGAUUGGAGACGCGGAAAAUGUGACGAGACUUAAAAUUUGGAAAGUGGACACAGAGAGUUUCGAGUGUGAGGAACUGGGGGAAAUGCCUUCAGAGUUAAUUAAGAAACUGAAGAGUGAAACUUUUGGAGUUUCUUCAAUCAGUGUUUGUUUAGCGGGAGAUUAUGCGUAUAUGAGCAAGUCGUCGGAGUUGGCGGAGGAAAUAGUGGGUUGUGAGUUCAUUAACGGCGGCGGAGUACGGUGGUGGAGCAUGAAAAAUGAGGCUGCUGGGGACGGGAAUAGAUCGGAGAGAGUGGUGUUUACUUGUUCUGUUAUUGGGUUAGGUGAUUUGCAGCGAGCUAUGUCAUUGGGAAAUCGGAAAUUUGCUCUCAAGUUGUAAAAAUUGGCCCAUGGACAUAUUUUUUCUUUUUUUAAAAAAAAAAUUUUAUGUUGCUUUUGUCUUUUAUUACUCUCUCCGUCUCAACUUAUGUGGCACAGUUAUAAUUUAAAAAGUCAGCUAAAUUUUUCUUU